ACUCAGAAUUUAAUAAUAAAUCUUGAUAAUGAUGAUUGGAUUUUGAAUAACGAGACUGCUUCAUUAAGUUCCUGUAAUAUAGAAAAUGAAACAGAAUUGUCUUUUUUUAAUUGUGAAGCUUACGAAACUUAUAAAUUACAUCCUGAUGUUAUGAAAUGGGAAUGA